AUGUUCGCUGCUCGCCAGUCUUUCAACCUCCUCCAGAAGCGCGCCUUCUCCGCCUCUGCCAGCCAGGCUUCCAAGGUUGCCGUCCUUGGUGCCGCUGGUGGCAUUGGCCAGCCCCUCUCCCUUCUUCUCAAGCUCAAUCCCCGUGUUUCUGAGCUUGCCCUUUAUGACAUCCGCGGUGGCCCUGGUGUUGCCGCUGAUCUGAGCCACAUCAACACCAACAGCAACGUUGCUGGCUUCGACCCUACCCCCUCUGGCCUCCGUGAUGCUCUUAAGGGCGCCGAGAUCGUUCUCAUCCCUGCUGGUGUUCCUCGCAAGCCCGGCAUGACCCGUGACGACCUCUUCAACACCAAUGCCUCCAUUGUCCGCGACCUUGCUAAGGCCGCUGCCGAGGCUUCCCCCGAGGCCAACAUCCUCGUCAUCUCCAACCCUGUAAACUCCACCGUCCCCAUCGUCUCCGAGGUCUUCAAGUCCAAGGGUGUCUACAACCCCAAGCGUCUCUUCGGUGUCACCACCCUUGACGUUGUCCGUGCCUCUCGCUUCAUCUCUCAGGUCCAGAAGACCGACCCCUCCAACGAGGCCGUCCCUGUCGUCGGUGGUCACUCCGGUGUGACCAUCGUCCCUCUUCUCUCUCAGUCCAACCACGCCAGCAUUGAGGGUGAGACCCGCGAUGCUCUUGUCAACCGCAUCCAGUUCGGUGGUGAUGAGGUUGUCAAGGCCAAGGAUGGUGCUGGCUCUGCCACCCUCUCCAUGGCCAUGGCUGGUGCUCGCAUGGCUGAGUCCCUCCUCAGGGCCGCCCAGGGUGAGAAGGGUGUCGUUGAGCCCACUUUCGUCGACAGCCCUCUCUACAAGGACCAGGGUGUUGACUUCUUCGCCUCCAAGGUUGAGCUCGGCCCCAACGGUGUUGAGAAGAUCCUCCCCGUUGGCCAGGUCAACGCCUACGAGGAGAAGCUCCUCGAGGCUUGCCUUGGCGACCUCAAGAAGAACAUCCAGAAGGGUAUUGACUUCGUCAAGGCCAACCCUUAA